ACAAAUUCAAUGGCAAAAACAACACAGCUGCCAAAUAUAUCUGAAAUAUUUUACAAAUAUUAAGCAUAUCAAUGAAAGCUUAUAUUUUUAUAUUAUAAUUUUAUGCAAUAAAUAUUUUAUAUAAUGGAUAACGUAAGUACCAUUGUAACAAUAGUUCCAAACAAUGACAGUACCCCUCUAAUAAAAAAUGACAAAAUUUCAAAUGGUUUAUCAAUAUGGAGUUCGGGAGAAAGUGGCUAUUAUACAACACCAGGCUCUGUGGAUAAUAGCUUAUUUUCAUCUUCUACAAAGUUAGGCCCUAUUGCUAUAAUACCAUGUGAAACACCUAAGUUACGAGGUCAGACAAGACCUCGAAAACGAGCAUCAAGCCUUACUGAUAUGAUCGAUAGCCAUUUGAUUGAAACAAAUAGUUCUUUACCUGAAUUUGAUUCUGGUUAUCUUGAGGACAAUGUUUUUUCUGUGAAUAAAAAGAAUAGUGAUCAAGAUAUGGAGAUACAUAGGUCUCAUAAAAGAUUAUGCAAACAAAAAAUUAAAGUUCAGAUGCCAUUGAUAACUUUAAUUGAAGAACAAAGCAAUGAAUCAAUAUUUGAAAAUGCCAUUGAAAGUUCAUCAUUUUUCGAGCACAGUCAUUCAUCUGUAGAAGAACGAGCUAUUCAACAAUUUAUGAAUAAUAAUUUUGAAAGUGAAAAAGAUUUAUUUGGAAAACAAAAUAAGAAUAAUAUUUUGUCAGACUCCAAAUCCUGUCCAGUAACUCCUGAGAAGCAAAUGAAAUCAAAAAUAGUAAUAUCUAGUCCUAUCAGUAAUAGUAAAAGACCUAAUCCAGAAUCAAAUAUUAAUAAAUUUUAUCCGCCAAUAUUUUAUGAACAAAAUCAAAGCUUAAGCAUAAAGGUGUCUAAGAAUGAUGAUUUUAAUAUUAAAAGAACUCCCACAAAAAGAUUAGGAAUAUCAGCCGAGUCUGAGAAAAAUAAUAUCUUAUAUCACUUCAGACCAAUAACGCCUCCAAAGUCAGCUUAUUCUACUCAAAUAAUAUCCCCAAAUAAGAAUAAAACAAAUACAAAAAAUAAAAGUGAUAAAAAAUUAUCUGCUAAAAUUAAAUUAGAGUUUUUACAUCUUCAAAAAAUUGAUAUCAUGGAUAAGCUUGCUGAAUUUGAUUUGGUUUGGGGUGUUCUGAAGUAUCUUUUUGAUGAGGAUUUAUGCAGGUUCUGUAUGGUUUCUAAACGCUGGCGUGAUAUUUGUUUGAAAGAUUCCAGAGCAAGUAAGCGCAGGUCGAAAUAUUUACUUGAAAAACGUCGGGAUAAAGAGAAUUAUGUGUUAGCUGCCAAAAAAAAUUCUGGUGAAGCAAGCGACAUAUUGAAUGAAGUGAAAAAUAUAGUUAGUAGAAAAAAUUUUGCUGAAAUUCAAAAUAGUAAUGACAAAAGAAUAAAAGGCACUGCAGUGCUAAAUUGCAACAGUGAUAAUAAUAGCAAUAUAAGUGCCAGCCCACCUAUAAGUCCAAGAAGAGCAACUUUACUUAAAUUCGUACAGGCUGGAAAAAAAUUGGAUCCUCAAAAAUGUCUGAAAAAAUGUCCUAAAUGCUCAGGCCCAGCACAUCCAUCAUUGAAGAGAUUAAAUAAAGGUUCUCCAAAUAAUUACUGUUUUGAAUCUAAAAAGAAGGAAGAAAAUUUGCAGUAUAAAAAAGCUAAAGUAAGAAAUCAUUCAUAUUCAAAUUCCCAAGGAAAAGGUAUAGGUAAUAAAUUUCACAAAAGGAAUUCCCAAAAUGCUGAAGUUAGUAACAUUUUCAAAGAACACUCUCAAACAAGUUCCAGAGAUGAAAAAGCAAUUAAGGCAAAUCAUUCUAUAUCAUGUAAAAGUUUGUUUGAAAAUAAUAGUGAAAACAACUCAAGCAUUUUUAAAUCUGAAGGAAAGCAAAUACUAUAUGACAAAGCUUCAAUCAAUUUGAAGUGGUCAAACAGGAAUGAGUUAAAUAACUCCACCAGUAGCCGAAAGAAAAAAAAUUGUACAGAUAAUGUAUGCCUCUCUAGAGAAAGAUCUGAUAAGACAAUGAAAGAUAACAUUUGUGACAUCAACAGUCUAGCAUAUAAAUCAAAUCACCAAGAUAAUGAAAAUGAAAAUCAAAUAAUAGAAUAUAAUUGUGAUUCUUCUAGAUGUGGAUAUGCAUUUUGUGUGUUGUGCCUUGGACCUGCCCAUGUUGAUGGUUUUUGUCCUCAGGCUGAACUACAAUUACAAGAGCGUAGUCCUACCAGAUUAACUCAAGAAAAUGAAACUUAUCGGAACAGUAAAAAAAUUAAGAAGAGUUUAAGAAGACUACUUUAGUACAAUCAUUUUAAAUAUU